GUAACAGUCACUUAUUAUUUUACUCUGGUAAAUCAAUAAAAUAAAAAUGAAGGGAAAUGCAAGAGAAGAAGAGUAAGUAAACACUGCUUUGAUAGUACCAAUAUGUCCUCUUAUGUGCCUUAUCUUAUAUCUCUUCUCACUGGCUUAGAUCCUCGAUCCAGUAUUUUUGUCAGAAAUGGUUCGAAUUGGUGCAAAUCGCAUACAAAAAUAUGAAAUCCGUUGAUAGUUUAGUUUUGCUUAAUAUUUAUGCUUCUAAUCCUUUGUGUGUCUUUUGAUAAGUCCAAGUAUAAAUAGACUUGCUUCUCUAACGUUGAAAGCAAGUGUCCCAAUUCUUACGGACUAACAUUCAAUAAAGAAAGCCGUUCCAGACUAAGAUCAAACCUUCCAGAUACAAAAAGAUAAAAACCUCUGAAAAUAAAUAAGCUAGUGAAGCUCAGUAAGAUGUGAAAGGAGUAUGUCAUGAAUAAAAGCAAGACCAAUGGUACUGAGAUCGCCAAAAUUAUUCAGAAACAGCAUAAAGAUCUGUAUUCGAGCUCAAAGCAUACCUGCUUUAAAAAUGUUCAGAGAAGAGUCUAUGACGCUCUGAAUGUCUUUACUGCACUUGGAAUUGUGGAGAAGAGAAGGAAUUAUAUUAUAUAUAAAGGCGAAAGUGGUAUUUCAAAGCCUUCUAAUCCUCCUCCAAAGUCUCUGGUGGAGCAAGUAAACAUAAAGAGAACAGAAAUGAUGUCAAAAAGACUAUAUCUUUUAGAAAAAGCCAAACAAUAUUUCGCCAUCAAAAAGCUUAUUAAUAGGAAUAGGCAGAAAUACCAGAGGAUUCAGGUCCUCGGAACCCUAAAACUCCCUGUUUUAGUCGUUAGCUUCAAGAAAGAGGCACAAUUUGAAGUUGAACAGAGAAAAUCUAACAGUCAGUUGAACAUCAAGUCAGAUACAAAGCCAAGAGUUUUGAAUGAUAUCUCUAAGAUUGUGAUGCCUAAGCAAGAGGCGAAUAAAAGUACUUGGAAGAGGUACCUUAGUUGGUUAACCUCGGUUAAUAAGAAGCUCAAGAAAAAUCGGAGCAGUGGAAAGCUUUCAGAUGGCUCUAAUAAUUCAGGAGAAACACAUGCUGAAAAUGAAGAUCAGAGUAAGAAAUAUUUGGGCAACCUUCUUGAAGCCAUCCAGAAGCAUCAAGAAAAGAUUCUGAAAUAUCAAAAGAGAGGUAGGAAGCCUAGGAGAGUGUCUAAGAAGCCAAAGACUCCUAGUACUAGCAAUACCACUCCAAUGAGUCAACACAUUGAACAAACUGUCCAAAAGAAGCAAAAUAAAAUUAGCGCUAAAAAGAAGAAGAAUUCUCUAAUAGGCGCGGAAACUGAUGAAGAAAAGAAAGAACAGCUUCCAAAAAUGAAGAAAAGGGAGAAGAAAGCUCUUAUGAUAAAAGAUGAAAAUACUGAGGUUACUAUGCCAAAUCCAGACAAGGUUCAACCCAAAGAAGAGGCUAAAGGGGGACAAAUUAAACAGGAAAUAAUGGAGAUGGACACUCCGGUGAAGUCAGGAGUCUCAAUCAAGCCAACCUCAAUGAUCGGGCCUGAGAAAAAUCCAGAAUUUGAAAAAGAGAAUCAUUACCAUGAGUUUGUGAAAAAGGAGCUUGAUAUAAAGAACGGUUUGGACAACCAUUCAUUUAUGCAAGAUGGUAGGAGUGAAUCAGACAGUCAAAUUUCUGAGACAUUUUCUUUAGUUCUCAGUAGCUACCACAGUAAUAGUUGCAGCCAAGACAAUAUUUUCCCAGGUCUCGAGAGUUUCAACUUGAAAUACCUGGGGCAUAGCCCAAUCAACGAGAUUGAGGGAAUAACAGGCGUCAGAUCCUUCCAAUAUCUUGAAUAAUCCUUCUCUUUAAACUCUCUUCAUAUAUCUUAUUAGUUCUUCUUUUGUGGGAAAUAUUUUAAAGUAUCUUUAGGGCUUCCCACAUACUCUCCCAGCCCUUUUAAAAGCCAAAUUCCCGAUAGCGCCGGGUGGCUAUUUUCUGUGCAUACCCUCUUAUUCGAGUCGAGGGAGGAGCUUGGAUAUUUGCUCUGUGGGGUUUAGAAUUCAA